AUGGCUAGCUUCUUCGAUAUCAAAGCUCGCAAGGCGGAAGCUGCUUCAAAUGGGACCGCAAACACAAAAGAGAAGCCCAAGGAAAACAAUCGGAUGCAGCCAUGGGUUGAAAAAUAUCGACCAAAAGGUCUGGGGGAUGUCACUGCCCAAGACCAUACCAUUACUAUCCUGCAACGCACACUCCAAUCCUCCAAUCUCCCUCAUAUGCUCUUCUACGGUCCACCCGGCACAGGGAAAACCUCGACCGUCCUCGCCCUCGCCAAAGAACUCUACGGUCCCGAACUCAUCAAAUCGCGCGUCCUCGAACUCAACGCCUCGGACGAACGAGGCAUAUCCAUUGUGCGCGAAAAAGUCAAGGAUUUCGCUCGCAUGCAACUUUCCAAUCCAUCUCCCGGCUAUCGUGAAAAAUAUCCGUGUCCCCCAUAUAAAAUCAUUAUUCUCGAUGAGGCGGAUAGUAUGACGCAGGAUGCGCAGAGUGCGUUGAGGAGAACGAUGGAGACGUAUAGUAGGAUUACGAGGUUCUGCUUGAUUUGCAAUUAUGUGACGAGGAUUAUUGAUCCGUUGGCGAGUAGGUGUAGUAAGUUUCGCUUCAAGAGUUUGGAUAAGGGGAAUGCGGUGGUUAGGGUGAGGGAAAUUGCGGUUAAGGAGGGGGUUAAGUUGGAGGAGGGGGCGGUGGAAGCCCUGAUUAAAUGCAGUGAGGGGGAUUUGAGAAAGGCGAUUACAUAUUUGCAGAGUGCGGCGAGGUUGGUGGGAACGGGUAGUCCUGAGGACGAGGAGGGUGAUGAAGGAGAUGAAAUGGAUGUGGAUGAAAAGAUGAUUACGGUGAGCACUGUGGAGGAUAUUGCGGGAGUUAUACCGGAUGAUACGAUUGAUAAGUUGGUCAAAGCCAUGCAACCAAAAUCAAGAGGGGUCGUAUAUGAUGCCGUAUCAAAAGUAGUCGUAGACAUGGUAGCAGAUGGAUGGAGCGGCACACAAGUCGUCUCACAACUCUACCAAACCAUCAUCAACUCCGAAUCCAUCGCCGAUCUCCACAAAAGUAAAAUCGUAGCUCUCUUUUCAGAAGCAGAUAAACGACUCGUCGAUGGAGCAGACGAACACCUUACUAUCCUCGAUUUAUCAUUGAGAAUAUCUGGUAUUCUAGGAGCUUCUUAA